UGGCCGCCGGUGAAGCGCGCGACGCUUGGUCGAUGCUCUGAGAACGCGAGCAGGCCACGGCAUUGUCAAAUGCGGCAAGCACGUGCACACAUUCGGCAUUGCUAAGGUAGCGUCCGUUUGCUAUUUUGUUUUAUUUUUACACCUGGACCACCCCCCCACAUCUGAACCCAACUGCUUCAAAUCCACAGUAACCAAAAUACAACCAGACCACUUCAUCUCUUUCAUCAGUUCAACUAAUCAGUAAACAUGGAUAUGGAAAGCAAGAUGAGCGAUGAUCCUAAUGUCACACUCACAAUCCGGCUUAUUAUGCAGGGAAAGGAAGUGGGAAGUAUUAUUGGUAAAAAAGGUGAAAUUGUCAAACGAUUCCGAGAAGAAUCUGGAGCGAAAAUCAACAUAUCUGAUGGUUCAUGUCCUGAGCGCAUUGUCACAGUCACCGGCUCCACAAAUGCAAUUUUCAAAGCAUUCACACUCAUCUGCAAAAAGUUUGAAGAGUGGUGCUCCCAAUUUCAAGACCUGAAUUCCGGCACUGGGAGCGUUAGCAGCGGCGGUGGUGUACCGCGACCACCAAUCACCCUGCGUCUAAUUGUCCCCGCAAGUCAGUGUGGUUCGUUAAUCGGCAAGGGCGGCUCCAAGAUUAAGGAGAUCCGUGAGGUCACUGGUGUCUCUAUUCAGGUAGCGUCCGAUAUGCUGCCCAACUCUACCGAGCGCGCUGUCACCAUUUCCGGCACCGGUGAGGCUAUCACUCAGUGCAUCUAUCACAUUUGCAACGUGAUGCUUGAGUCGCCACCAAAAGGUGCCACGAUCCCCUAUCGCCCGAAGCCGCAAGUCGGUGGGCCAGUGAUCCUUGCCGGCGGUCAGGCGUACACCAUCCAGGGCAACUACGCCGUGCCGGCGCACACAGACGUAAGUAGCGCGUUUCCGCCCUUGCCCCUCGGCCAUCCGCUCGCCGGCGCCGUAGCGCCAUUGAUGCCGCUCGAGCCGCUCAAGAACGGACACUUGCAGGCCGCCCUAGGGCCCGCGCAUCUUAUGCCAGAUAUGAGUGGUAUUGGUAAAAAUCCACUCGCAGGUUUGGCCGCUUUGGGCCUAGGUGGUCUGGCACCCACAAACACCGGAGGUUUGAACCCAGCCGCAUUGGCAGCGCUUGCAGGAUCACAGUUACGGACAUCAAACUCACGCAAUCAACAGAACUCCAACCAGCAGACACACGAGAUGACCGUUCCUAACGAAUUGAUCGGUUGUGUCAUCGGCAAGGGUGGUACUAAGAUCGCUGAAAUACGACAAAUUUCCGGCGCGAUGAUUCGCAUCUCAAACUGCGAUGACCGGGAGAGUGGUGUAACCGAACGCACGAUUACCAUUUCUGGAAAUCCUGACAGUGUGGCACUGGCACAGUACUUGAUCAACAUGAGGAUAUCGAUGGAGACGGCCGGUCUGCCCAUGCCUGGUUACCACUACAUCGCGCCGAAUCAUAUCGUGAAGGCGCCGAUACAUUAACUGAUGUGUCAACGGGAUGUUGCCGUCGGGGAGCCGCGCGUGUUCCUGCCGCCGAUGUCGCCGCCGCCACCGCCGCCCCAGUACUAUCUGCAACCACAUCCGAUACAUCCGCACGCGCCGCACCACAACGAGCCUCCAGAGCUCGUCUGGUACCGUCAUCCCCACAUCUACUAAUCAUCACCACCGCUAAAUACCCUCUGGAUAUCUAUUACGCUGGACGAAAGUUCACGCAAUCAUUUUCUUUUGAGACGAUUGCCGAAUCUUAGCAAUGCCGAAUUUUGAAAGAAACGCAAGUCUAGUCAAUCUAAAAUUAUUGACAAUAUUUGUUGAAGCGAGCUCAAUAGCUCGAAACGAAGCAAACAAGCGCUGAAACAUACAAAAUAAAUACGCAAAAUGGGAACAAGCCAAAGAUAUUUGUUAAGUAUCUUUAUUAUUCAUUAAUUUACUGAGAUGAUUCUCGAAACGUGCAAGCAUUGAAACAAAGUUUCAUACUGCGAAAAUGAAAACGAUCAUAAUCGGCAUCAUGAAAUGUUGCCCAGUGUGCGAAUACCGGCUCACUGCAAGUACAUUUUAAAAUAAAACGUGUGUGAUUACAUUAGUACUUAAUAAGAAUUAUUUAUUUGUAAGUAUUGUUAGGCUACGAUUAUAAUAUGAACUGUGCAUCUGGCUGAAAGAGGCUGCAAGGAGGUUUUGAACAGAGGGAGCCGAAUUUGAUCGAUUCUAGUCAACGUUAGGGCUUAGCCCGUCACUGAAAAUUACAAAUUAAAGCUGUUUAAGCAGCGGAGAGGAGAGAAAUUUAAGAAUUAUGAAUACAUGUCACGUUUGACGAAGAUUAAAUGUUGUUAAUGGAUAUUAUUUACUACACUAUGAAAAAUGGACCAAAAUUACUAACAAUUAACAAAAUGGCACAACGCUGGCUUUGCGUUGUUUGGCGACAAGACGAUUGAAAUCUUUAGGAAUUUAUCAUUGUUUUAAUCAUGACAUUGAUGAAAGUGGAAGUGGGAAUGAAUUAUUUGUUGUUUCAAGUUUGAUUUGCCAUCCGCGUAAGCGACAGUUGGCAUUUUUUGUGCAAUUUUAGGCUGUGCAUAAUGUAUAUACAUAAAUAUUUGAUUUUUUUUAAUCGAGCAAACAAAGCAAGAAAAGUUGCCAAAGUAACAUUGAAAUAAGUAAUUUUUGAUGAAUUUACGAAGUUUAAUUUAGUGAUUAGUUGUAUUCCAGCAAGAAAUUUCUUCCAAAAAUCAAGUAACUUUUGUGCCAAACUUUUCAUUCUUCCUGCGUUUCGCAUUUUCGCCCAUUCUUCCACUCCACGAGUGCAAAACACAUUUCAAUUCUUAGCCAGUUUGCAAUGUAUGAAUAAAUAUGAAACGUGUGGGCAUUUCGUGCUUUCCUUGCCGUCUGCAGGGCGAGCGUGUUAACAAUAAAAAAGACAUUAAUUUGUAAUCAAAGUACAAACUAUGACGACGUUAGCGUUAAUUUUAUGUAUCGAUGUAAUACUUAUUCUACGUGUAGACGUUAUCGUUCUUAGGCAAUAAUAAUGCACUUUCUGCACUGGUAUUACUAUGUAUGGAAGUGUUUGGUCAUUCUCAAAGACAAUUAAUUGAAGGCAAUAACUACAGUUGCAAGAGAUGUCUGAUAAUCGUGAAUGUUGCGAGUUAGGAUAGCACGAAAUCGCCACCUGAUAGCUCAACUUGGUUCGUACCAAAAAGGGCAAUAUUUUGAUAUUCAGACAAUUAGCGGAACGAUGUUAAUUAGCGACAGCAUGGCUAAAUAAGCACGUACAGGUAGUUCCUGCUUAGUGGUCGUUAAACGGGAACGGACCUUGUACUCACUUUAACCGUAGACGUCGUAUUCGAUUGUACUAUAAUUAUAAUAAUAGUUAGUUAUCUUGUUAUCAUAUCAUAGCGGGGCGAAUAAGGGACAGACGGAUGAAUUCAGAUUUUGCAACCCGAAUCUUCAACAUUUGACUAUAAAUGGGGACAAUCUAUUGUUAUCCCUUUGUGUUAUAAAUAUCAUUAAUUACUUAAAAAUCGGAAAUAAUCGUCAGUGUUUUAAUCAUUAUCACAAUUGUAUAGACACUAGGAUGUCACGCUUAGUGAUACAAAUUUGAUGAUUACUAAACAAAGAAGAAAAAAACGCUGAAAAUUACAAAAAAUGAUGAUUUUGUGCCAAAGUUGAUAAUUUUUAACGUUAACGUUCAAACUGGUAAGCAGCGCGAAUAGGAAGCAUUUGCUUUUAUGUGUAGUUUUCGCCACAAUGGAGAGAAGUAAAAUUAAAUGUUGCGUACUUUUAAGCAAGAGCGAAAAUCAGCAAUCAAUCGGACGAACUUGAGCAAUGAACACUGUUCUCGAAUGCAACGUUUUCUGGAGGCGAAGAUUGUAAUGUAAGCGAUAAUGUAUUUGAUAAUUCAAUACUACAUAUGAAUAUGAAUAAUAAUUAGAGAUACGUUUGUUGUAAUAAAACAAAACAAAAGAGAAACAAAAAAAAUAUAAGAAACAAAUACGAUAUUAUAUAUAAAAAUGAAAAUAUAUUUUCAAUUUUUGUAUUAAAUUUCGUCGUCGAAUGAAAGGCGAUUAAUAACAAAACAUAAGAUAUCUAUGAAACAAACGUCUAAGAGAUGCUGUGACUGAAUUACCAAUUCAACCACUCACCAACCACCACAUUUAAUAACCGCAUAUUCAAAUACUUCUGAAAGUUACACCUUUACAAAGUAUUAUUCUAUCGAAGCAAACAAAGAGUAUCAAUAUAUUGAUAUAUCAAGUCUUUAUAUAUCUUAUAUGUAAAUGUUGAAGAGAAAACUGAUGCAAUGCAAAGAUAACAAAGCGGAUGCGAGAGAACAAAUUAUAUACAAAUUCCACAUGAUAAAACCCUGAUCAACCAGAAAACUAUUAAUGUUAAUGUAUUUUUUUCGUGUCGAAGAUGAACGACGCGACAGAGCAGAUUCUAUUCAAUCACAAUCACUGAGAACAAGCUGCAGGAAGCAGAACAAGUUGUGGUAUGAGAAAUGUAUCAAUUCAUAGCCUUUAUCUAAACAGGGUCUUAUUAUUAUAAGUGAAACAAAAGUAACAAACUGAUAACGAAACCGAGUAAGAAAUGUUUAAAAUGGCAAAGAAUAACUUGAAAUGCAAUGUGAAACAAACACAGUGAGUAAAUUCUAACGUUUUUAGCAUUAUUAGCUUUAAAUUUGUAUUAAACAUUUGUUGUUCAUGACUUUAUUGAGGAAUUAGCUUAUAUUGUAAAAGUUCAGGGUAUUUUUUCACUUGAUUACAAUUCUUAAAUUAAUGAUUGUGAAACUUUUUAAGUACGUACAUACAUACAUACAUACAUAUAUAGGUAGCUCCAGUUUUACCUGAAUUUUUUCAUUCGUUUUAAUGAAGUAAAGUGAUCGCAAAAAUAUUGUAACAAUAACGUUUAUUAAUUAAUGUUCACGCAAAUAUUACAAAUUAUGCAAGUUAGCUGCUUUUAUGCUUGGAAUUAACGCUACGACUCUCUUCGAUGCGAAUUAUUUAGCAGUAGAUCAAACGAGAGAGGAAAAGCUUUAACUUUGAACCGGACCAUUGUCUGUGUCUGGUAUUCGUGCGAACAUUUAAGCGAUUUAUGCCAAGCGCUUUGUCUAGGCGAUUCGCUUAGCGGAUUCGCACGCUGUAGCGCCAAAAGUAAAGACUUGCAAAACGGUCAUAUCGUGUUACAUAUCGAUGGAGUCGUACAACCAAAAAUCAAUUCCAGCAGGCACCUUUUCUGUAGUCGACCACGUCGAACACACGUUUUCGAAUUAAACUGUUACACACCGUACGCCACACUCACGUUAGGACUAUUUUCGAUUCGAUGUCAAUGGAAAUUGUUAACGCGUAAGUUUAUCCAAUUGGUUUGUCGAUUGAGAUCUUCGAGGACUUCGUUGAUGUUCAACUGAUUAUUGCUCAAAAAUAUCCGACGAUUUCAAACAAAUUUGGGCGUUGAAUCUAAAUGUCCACAUAUCUGGUGUCACCUUUUGUCGACCCACAAUCACCUGUUGAUUUAGUUGGUCUUUCUAGAUGCUAAAGAAGGAGAACUCAAGCAUAAUGAGGCAAUAAGAUAACUUAUUCAAGAGUAGUUCGCGAAAGUCAUCUUUGAAGCGCAGUUUUCCAUUGCACUCGUGUCUAAUAUCUAAAAUAACUCACACAUCUUUCUUGAUAACACGUUUUAAUCAGAAUCUCAUUCAAAAUGCAGUUAUAAUUGAUGCUGUAAUAAACAUUUAAAUACAUAUUGACAAAAAUGAAACAAACGCAAAUCGAUAUGAUGUUUAGUAAAUUAUACAUAAUAUAAAAUAUAUGAUAUACAUAUUUAGAUACAUAAGAUGUUUUGUUUGUUCUUUUGGUUAUAAAUAAAUAAAGUGUGAAUAUUAA